AUGGCUGGGAUGGUCCAGUCACUGGUGACCGCAGAGACGGCUGUGCUCGGCGUCUGCAAGCCUGGAGCCGGACUGUUGGGUGCGGUUGAGGGGAGUCAACCUCUUCCCUCGGGAAGCUGUAGCGUUCUGAUUGCCGGAGCGAAUGACAUCGGAGCCGGUCGGUCUUCUACCAUUUACCGGCACUUGUGUAAGGGGUCUGUGCUGCUGGACUUCAACGCCAUCGGGAGGCGACACUUCACUCGCCAUGGCCAGCACCUGACUAUGAGGGGAAAGCGGAUGCUUGCCGAACUGGUGGUGACCGGCCUGAAGAAGGCCAGCUUAGACACUGCUGACCAGUCACCAUCACCACCACCACCAUCACCACAAACGUCUUCAUCGUCACCCCCACCGCCUCCAUCACCACCACCGCCUCCAUCACCACCAGCGCCUCCAUCACUGCCGUCGCCGCCCCCGUCACUGCUGCUAACAGCAUCUGCUACCAAUGUUGAAUCUCCGGAAAUCGCCGUCACGGAGCCAGCUGUCGACGUCGCGGUCUCCUGUGUACCGCUUAGUCCUGAUGGGCCUUGGACGCUGCCUUACAACAGCUACGCGGAGGCAGUGAAAUCUCCACCGUUGAUGACCAAUGGACGCUCUGCGGAUCUUGUGCAAGCUGGAAUUGACAUGGUUUUUUUAGGGACCCAUUUUGAAUCAGCGGACAAAAUUAACUACUAA